UAAGCGCAUUAUCCCUCUUUGAAGCUUUCAUGUCAUACAGUCCUUUCAAAAGCUCUACGUAAUCUGCUUUAAUUUUUUUUUUGGAAUUAAAUAUUUGCUUAAUUCCAUUCAUAUUGAGCAUUAAUAUCUCUAUAAAUGGAUGUCCAGUACUAUCACCAAACUCUGCUCUCCUUCGUAUUUUCCUUUUCUCCACUUCUUUCAUAUCUUUAUAUUUUUCCUGCCAAAACUCUCUUCUUAUAAAAGUUGUUUUGAAUGAAAUCUCUAAUUAGCCUUAUUCUCUCUGUUGAUGCAUAGAUGCGGUGUUUUGAUUCUUGAUGUUUGGGAUUAUGUCUCCAGUAAUCAGCGAAGUUCUUCUGUCUGGUUUUACCAUUAACUCAACUCUUCAUCGUCGUACUCACUUAGUUCAAUCCUUCUCAGUCGUCUUCCUCUACUGGAUCUACGUGUUUUCAUGAAACAGAAAACCUCAGUUUCCUUCUUCUUACUCUUUAAACUUCAUUCAAGAUCCCAACCCCUUGACUACAUUUCAGUUGUUAUUUACCUUUUGUAGCAGGGUUGCCUACCUUAUUUUCCAGACCAUUGGUAAGGAGUUAUGGCUUCUUCUAGUGGAACAUCUUCAAGGUCAGUAAUCCAGCUGAGGAACUAUGGUUCCAAAGAUGAUCAUCUCCAACAAGUAAUAAAUCAAAGGAAACGCAAAAGGUUGAUAUCCAACAGGGAAUCUGCUAGAAAAUCAAGGAUGAGGAAACAGAAGUAUUUGGAUGACCUAAUGGCUGAAAUGAGUCAACUCAAGGAGGAAAACAACCAAAUUGUGACUAACAUAAACAUGGUGGAUCAGCUUUACUUGAAUGUGGAAGCAGAGAAUUCUGUUCUCAAAGUUCAAAUGGCUGAGUUAAGCCACAGGCUACAGUCUCUAAAGGAGAUCAUUGACUACAAGACUUCAGCUAAUGCUGCAACGACAACUAAAGAAACUAAGGAUUUAUGGAACUAUUAUGGCGAAAACAUGAAUAAUGUUGAUAUUAAAGGUGGAGAUGAUUCCUUGAAUUUGCUCCAUGUUAAUCAGCUUAUCAUGGCUUCUAGUGAUGAACAGAUCAUUUGGUCGUUAUCAAAACAUGUAGAAUGAUAAAUUAUUUCAAGAAAAAAGAAAAAUGAGAGUUGAUAAUUGGUUGUUUCUUUUGUUACUAAGAAUAGGGGCUUUGGCGUAAUUAGUAAAGUUGUUGCAAUGUGACCAGGAGGUCACGGGUUCAAGCCGUGGAAACAACCUCUUGCAGAAAUAUAGGAUAAGGUUGUGUACUAUAAACCCUUGUAGUCCGGCCCUUCCCCGGACCCCGCGCAUAGCGGGAGCUUAGUGCACCGGGCUACUAUUUUUUUUUCUUUUGUUACUAUUAAGAUAAUACAAGUUCCAUUAUUAUGUGAGUAAAUUAAAUCACUGCAAUUCUCUUGUCGAGUAAAUUAAUGACUCUUUUGGGA